CCACACUCCUACUUUAUGUUGGAGCAUUUUAAGCUCUGCCUUGUUUCUUAUUACGUACAAGUGUUAUCCUAGGCAAUAUGGCGUUGCAGCAUACUCGGGCCUUUGCGGCCAGUUCGUCUUUUAAGUCAGCCGCGGCGCCUGUGCGUGUAAGCAGGUUCAGCCGCGCUCGAACUGUGCUUGUGGAGGCAAGGCAAUAUAGGAAGGCGCUCGGUGUGCUGGGCACCAAGGCUGGCAUGAUGUCAUACUUCACGGAGGAUGGCCUGUGCGUUCCAGCUACCGUAAUUGCACUAGAGGAGGGCAAUGUGGUCACCCAGGUGAAGACGCAAGAUACCGAUGGCUACAACGCCGUGCAAGUGGGAUACAAGGCUGUGGCAGAGAAGAAGGUCACUAAGCCAGAGCUCGGACACCUUAAGAAGUCGGGCGUAAAGCCGAUGAGGCACCUGGUAGAAUUCAAGCUUAAGGACCGCGCUGCCGUGGAAGCCUACCAGCCAGGGCAGGAGCUAGAUGUUGCCGCGCUCCUCAAGGAGGGCGAGACCGUGGACGUGGCGGGCGUCACAGUAGGAAAGGGCUUCCAAGGCACCAUCAAGAGGUGGCACCACAAGCGCGGCGCCAUGACCCACGGUUCCAAAUCCCACCGCGAGCAUGGUUCCAUUGGUGCGGCCACUACCCCCUCGCGUGUCCUCCCGGGCCUGAAGAUGGCGGGCCAGAUGGGCAACGUGCGUGCCACUGUGAAGAACCAGACGCUGCUCAAGGUGGACACCGAGCGCCGCGCGCUGGUCGUCAAGGGCUCGGUGCCGGGCAAGAUGGGCAACGUGGUGGAGGUCACGCCCGCCAAGCUGGUGGGGGUCAACUGGUGAAGAGGCCGCGACGGGCGAGCAGAGGAUGCACGAGGGCAUGGGCGGGGCGCAUGAGGUGAUGACGUGUACGCUUGGAGCUGGCUGGGGCGCAACCAGCUGGUUGUUGGGGUUGUUAGAUGGGGCAUGUGAGUAGCUUGUUGCCGCUCGUUUACACGUGAG